GCAGCACCUACAACAGCAGCACCUACAACUCAUGCCCCUACAACAGCUGCAGCAGCACCUACAACAGCAGCACCUACAACUCCUGCCCCUACGACAGCUGCACCA